UGAGUGAAAAAAUGAAAAAUAUAAAACAUAUUGAUAUGCACGGAACUACCAAACAGCAAGGCCUAAAUCUGACACGUGUCAAUCCGCACCCCACGUGGCACUACCAAAAUUUGCAGUGUGACACCUAUGUAACUGAUAAGGGUUCUUCCUUCUCUUAUAUAUCCUCUACUUCUUCUCUUUCACUGAAAGUAAAUCUAAUUAUCGAGGUCCACAUUAUCCAAAUUUAGCACAACUGGUCUCAUCAUCUUCAUCAUCUUUCAUCAUCAUGGGUUCAGAAACGUUUCUAGAAGUGAUAUUGGCAAUUAUCCUGCCACCUGUUGGGGUCUUCCUCCGCUAUGGCUGUGGAGUGGAGUUCUGGAUUUGUUUGUUGUUGACACUGUUGGGAUAUAUUCCGGGAAUUAUAUAUGCGUUAUAUGUACUGGUCGGAUGAUCAAGGUUUUCUGGAGGUGAAAGAAUAAUAAUAUGGCAAACGA